AUGCAGAGGCGUUACUUAUGCGUUACGGAGGAGUUUUCGGGGUAUUCGGAGCCUCUCAGGUGCGUUACAUGGGGUUCAAGGGGGUUUAAGGGGGAUUUUGGAGACAUUUCAAGACGUUUCAGAUCAUUUUCGGCGGGAUGCAGAGGCGUUACUUAAGCGUUACGAGGAGUUUUCGUGGGGUUCGGAGCCUCUCAGGUGCGUUACAUGGGGUCGGAGGGGAUUUAAAAGGGAUUUUGGAGGCAUUUCAAGACGUUUCAGAGCAUUUUUGGGGGAUUCAGAGGCGUUACGGUAGCGUUACGGAGAAGUUCUCAGGGGUUUCUAAGCCUCUCAGAUGCGUUACAUGGGGUCCCCGAGGGGGAUUUUUGAGGCAUUUCAGGAAGUUUCAGAGCGGACUCUGAAAUACCUUAAAUCGCCCCUCAAACCUCAUGCAACGCCCUUUAAAGUCUCCUGAGAUCCCUAGAAUUGCCCCUAAAGCCCCUUGGAACGCCACUGAAACCCACUUAAUACUAUUGAAAUACCCCAGAAUUCUCCGUAAUCCCAUGAAAACACCAAAAAAAAUCCUGACAGAACACCCUUGUAAGGCUCCUCAAACCCCCCGAAACAACCCCUUAAAACGCCCCUGAAGUCCCUUGGAACCCCCUUUUUGGGCUCUCUGGGGACAUUCUGGAAACUGCCCCUUAGCCCCACCUCAUCUGCCCAGGAGCAAGAUCUGUUCUCGCAAACUAGAUUUUCUAAUUAAAGCCCAAACUUAAUUUAUGCAUAAAUUUCCCUCUUUUAUGCCUUUUUUAAUUUAUGCACAUUUUUAAUUUAUGCAGUCCCAGCCAUGUGCAUAAAAAGAGGUUCCAGUGUAAUCAUUUUAGUAUAUUUUAAUACUCCGCUAUAAUAAAUUAUUGCAGAUUAAUUUUGUAUGACAUCAUUGAAUUUUACUCCCCUCACAUCUAACCAAUCACGUUCAAGAGGGGAAGCCAGGCCAUUGUGUCGUAUUAAAGCAAACUGCUUCUUCUCAUCUUCCAUUAUUCUUUCUUGACCCCACGAGGGGAUCGCAUUGAAGGAGAGCUAGCCAGUUUCUCCGUUUGCGUUUUCCAUCAGUACAGUAUGCUUUGGCAAGCCGAGCGCGAUGGUUGUCGGCUGUUAAGGUGCCAUUAGACUGUUUGUGAUUAUGACAAAUAUUUGCCAUUGAAGUCUGACAUUUAUCCAAGGUUGCUAUGAUUCACGCCAUCGCAAAACCCCCAUCGGAGUCAACGCCACCGAUGCCGUUCUGGAUUUGGUUGGCAUAGCUACCGAUUUUCACCUCAUGCAAUAAUUGAACGAUUAUUGUACAACAAAUCAAUUUUUUUUAUCUAGUUCAUUUAUUUGGGACUCAAUCACGUAUAACGCUUUACGGAGCCGAGGAUCUUUCUUUGUACUUAAUAGUAUACAUUAUACAGAGUAAUUACUUUUUAAUGAUAUCUGUUAGUAAUGGGUACAAAUCAAAUUAAACAGCCCUUCUAAGGGCUUCAAAAAUGAUCCUCACAAGAACCGAAUAAUUUUCUUAGACGACGCGUCGGGUCGCAAAUGUGUCAAAAUCGGAUAAGUCUUAAAACCAUAGCAUAAAUAAGACGAAUUUCGCCCCAAAUCGUAUUCGGAGUUGGCAGCACCCUCAGAUUACAAUGAAACUUUCUGGGUAUGUACACCAAGAAUAGAUAAGCCACUUUGCAUACUUAGUUUCUUCAAAAUUUAUCUGGACUGACUUUUGAAAAGGGCUAAACUUUUUUUAUGGAUUUUUUAAAAAUGUUUUUGAUCAAAAAAUGACUACUCCUACAAAAAAGUGUUGUAUGGGUGAUUAUCACAAAAUAAGUCAAAUUUUAAGAAAAAAAUACUGAAAAAAAUCCAAAAUGAGCCCUACACUGAAAAAAAUCAUUUCUAAAAAUUCAAAGUUGAUUUAAAAAAAAACACCAUUUUUGAUUUUGAUGAAAUUUUGUCUCAAGACAGGUAAUUAUGUUCCCUACCAACCGUCCAUACAUCACAAGAUGGGCACUUUUAAGGAAAAAAAGUUUUUCUAACAAAAACUUUUUCAUGUCCAAAUUAUUAUUUUUUCAGUGUCUUUUUUUAAAAACAAACUAAACCAGUGAAGGUUAUCUAGUAAUCUCAAAAUGCAAUGAAACUUAUUGUGUCAUAUGCGACAAUGCAAUGCACCCAUAUUCACGCAGCAGCACUCUAGAAGUACGAAACAAUAUACAAUUAGAACACGCAUUUCAUACGUGCUGCUGUAAUUUCUACCCAAACGUUUCUACCCCAUGUUCUUACCUAAUAUUAGGUAAGGCUAUUUAUUAGAUUCGAACUACCUAAUCGAAAAAAAAAAACAAAUCAAGAGUUGUACCUAAAGCAAAUAUGAACAAAACAAGAAAAUGAAUCGGUAUCAUUCAACGUGUUACUUCUCUUUGGUUAUUAAAGGCAGUUCUGAAAAGUAAUGGAUCAAUCGUAUAAAUCAAAAUUCAACAAAUUCAAGUGCAGUGCAAAAAUAAACAAUCAAAAGUGCAACCGUCAUAAUCUACGGGGCAUGUCAUUAAGAUUGAUAGAUAAAAUUCAUUCCAUGGGAUAUACACAUGAAAUCGACGAAUCGAUGAGUAUUUGUGAGUCAUGUCGUGGAUUGAUAAGUCACAACAGAAGCCCGAAUAGGAAAAAACGCCGAUCGGAUGGAAACGACGAAACUAUGCAACCAUCAUUUAGUGGGCAGCAACAUCAUGAUGUUCCAGAACCAGAACCGUCAACGAGUGGUCAACAAAUCGAACAUGAGCUGGAUAUGGUACCAUCUAUUCCAUCAUUGGAGUCAAUUCCGUCAACAGAUCAACUACAGGGUCCCCAUAAUAUUGAGAAGUUUAAUACCAUUGCUGAAACAUUGAGUUUAUCGCCAAUCUCAUCUAGAAACAUGAGAAGUAUGGAAUAUCGCAUAAACAAAUCAUUGCAGAUUACGAAAGCAGUUCGAAAAAAUAUCUUCGGAAUAGAUUCAACGGAUGUUGGCAAAGUGGAGGCGUAUGACGAGAUAAUUAUGCAGUUAAAGGAUAAGUUCAAUCACCCUACAACUGACAGAAGCGAACAGAUUAAAAUACUAUCUGUACUUCCUAAGUCUUGGUCGGUAAAUAAAAUCACAAGAGAGUUUAACGCACCAAUGUAUAUGGCGAGACAGGUGAAGGAUCUUGUUUAUGAACAGGGUAUUCUUUGUACCACCGAAAAAAGAAGGGGCAUGGUAUUGAUGACGAUACAAAACAAAUAGUAAGAGAAUUUUUUGAUGAUAAUGAUAUCAGCAGGCCAAUGCCAGGAACAAAUGAUUUUGUUUCUGAGGUUCGAAAUGGAAAAAAACAACAAGUUCAAAAACGACUUUUGAUGAUGUCGCUCAAAGAGGCUUAUAUGAUUUUUGUAGAUAUGUACAAAACUGUGAAUAUUGGUUUCACAGUAUUUACACAGUUGCGACCAAAGCAUUGUAUUUUACUUGAUUCUACUGGUAUACAUAAUGUAUGCAUAUAUACUAUUCAUGAAAAUGUAAAUUUAAUGUUCAACAGUAUAAGAAUUGUGUCACAAGAUGAAAUAAUACAAAAAAUGCUUUGCGAUAUUUCCACCAGAACAGAUAAUUGCUUUUUCCGUGCUUGUGAAAAGUGUGCUUGUAAUGAACACAUUGAAGAGGAACUUACAUUGAUAUUAGAAUCAAAUGACAAAGAAGAGAUUAUAUUUCAGCAGUGGUUGAAUACUGAUCACCGUAAUUUAGAAACGAUUAUUAAACCUGGUGAUGAAUUUGUUCCGUAUCUUGUUGAUAAAAUUGACAAACUUAUAACACACGACUUUAUUCAUAAACAACAAUCAUCAUUUCUCAGAAAUAAAAAAGAUACAUUAAAGGAUGAUGAAAUUCUUGCGAUUUGUGAUUUCUCUGAAAACUAUUCAUUCAUAAUUCAAAACGCUGCUCAAGGAUAUCAUUGGAACAACUCGCAAGCAACAAUACACCCAUUUGAAAUUUACUAUAUGAAAGAUAAUAAACUUGUGAAUGUUAGCUUCAUUAUCAUAUCGGAAGUAAUGGCUCACGAUACAGUUGCGGUCCAGUUGUUCAUCUCAAAAAUGAUAGAUUUUAUGAAACAAUUAACGAACUUUUCUAAAAUUUAUUUUAUGUCUGAUGGGGCAGCAUCACAAUGCAAAAAUAAGAAGAACUUUGCUAGUCUAUGUAGAUUCCAGUCAAAGCAUGCAUUAAGAGCAGAAUGACAUUUUUUGCAACGUCCCACGGUAAAGGUCCAUGUAAUGCUAUUGGUGGCACUCUCAAGCGAAUGGCAAAGAGAGCAAGUCUUGCUCGAGAUUAUGGAAAUACCAUAACAACUCCACGAGAGUUAUAUAACUGGGCAGUUGUACAGACAGAUAAAAAUAUAACUAAAUUAAAUUUCUGUUACGUAUCCACUGAACAGUACAUUAAAAUGUCAGAAGAUCUCGAAGAAAUAUAUAAUAACGCCAAAACAAUACCAGGCACUCAGAAAUUCCAUAGUUUUUUGCCUAUUCCUGGCGACAAAGUAAAGGCAAACAGGUAUUCUAAUUCAGAAGAUGAACCAAAAAUAUUUAGUAUGAUCGGAAAAAAUUGAAAAGAACAUGUUUGAAAUUGGCUCUAAGACACAUAUAUAUAUAUUUGAAAAAUUCAUAAUUAUAAAUAAUUGUAUAUUUAAAAGUGCACUUCAAUACAUAUUGCGAUCAAACAUUACAUUUCCUAAGAAAAUACAUUUGUAAUAUUUUGAAGUUUUUUAUGUAUAGGAAAACCCUUCCAAAUGAUUGAAUAAAUAACACAAAAUCUCCUAGAAAAUUGAGUUUCAUUGGAUUCUGGGAUUGUUAUGGCCUUCACUGGUUUUAUUGUUGAUAACAAAAUACACUGAAAAAAAAUCAUUCGAACAAGAAAAAGUUUUUGUUAGAAAAACUUUUUUUCCUUAAAAGUGCCCAUCUUGUGAUGUAUGGACGGUUGGUAGGGAACAUAAUUACCUGUCUUGAGACAAAAUUUCAUCAAAAUUAAAAAUGGUGUUUUUUUUUUUAAAUCAACUUUGAAUUUUUAGAAAUGAUUUUUUUCAGUGUAGGGCUCAUGUUGGAUUUUUUUCAGUAUUUUUUUCUUAAAAUUUGACUUAUUUUGUGAUAAUCACCCAUACAACACUUUUUUGUAGGAGUAGUCAUUUUUUGAUUGAAAACAUUUUUAAAAAAUCCAUAAAAAAAAGUUUAGCCCUUUUCAAAAGUCAGUCGAGAAAAAAAAUAGAAAAAUGAGUAUGCAAAGUGGCUUAUUUGGGCAAGGUCUACACACCAAGAAAGUUUCGUUGUAAUCUGAGAGGGUGCUGCCAACAUUUGUUCGAGUUGGCGCGAAAUCCGUCAUAAACUUUGCAAGCGGAAUAGUGGAAAUAUAUUAGAUUGUUGUAGCAUCCUUGAUAUUUCCCAGCCAAAUUUUAAUGUGUGUUGUGUCCACAAAAAUUAAAUAUUUCUAUGCCCAUUUUCGCCACAUAAUCUAGAAAAAAAUGUAUGAUAUCUAGAAAUUCUUAGUUAAAUAUAUAAUUAAAUAUUGGUAAUUCCAGUCCACCAAUUAGCAAAAGCUUAAUGAUUUGCAUUUUUGAAUGAUCUGUUGGAUUGCAUCUGUUUAAAUUCUUAUAAAAUGGACGGUUACCAAGACAAUUCUGCUAUAGGUAAAGAUUAUUAAAUGGUUUUGACAAAUUCGUUUAUGAAAACAUUUUAAAACCAACUACUACGCGGAUCAAGUUUUGUCGCGUCCAUUCUAAAUUUCAAUAAAUAAACCUGCAAAAGCAAAGAUAUUGUGCGAGAGGAUCUGAAAUCUGAAUCAAUUUUAUUCGCAAAAUAAUUACCUGUUAGCAAUUAAAGAAAUUCAAAGGUCUACAAACUACAGUUGGCCCGCUGAAAUUAUUCUGUAAAUUGACUCACUGUAUUUCGAAAGCAACAACAUAGUUUAAUGGAAGAGAAACUAGUUACGACUACAGGUACUCUUCGAUAUAACGUACAAAAAAGUUUUCUCUUUGUACGUUAUAUCGAAGCAAAGAAAAAUUUAAAAAAAAAUAUGCUAGUGUUGAUGUAUUCAACGAGAUAUAAACCCCAAAUAAUGAUUUCGGUCAAAUUCACAAAACCAAUAAUGAAAAACAUGAGUAUUCACGAAAAAUUAAUUUCGUUUAUUGUGCUUCGAUAUAACGUACAUUUUGCUUCGAUAUAACGUACACUGAAUUUUUCCCCAAUUUGCGCUUAUUUUGGGUAACAAGGCUAAUGCUGCAAGACAGCAUUGAAUUGAGUGAUUUCGUAGUUUAUCUGAGGGUUAUUCCUGGAAAAAAUAAAAAUUUUCAAUGUUGUACGUUAUAUCGAAGCAAUAAGUACGUUAUAUCGAAUUCGCUAUAUCGAGGGUACGCUAUAUCGAGAGUACGUUAUAUCGAAGAAUACCUGUACCAGUACCUGGGCUGCCCAUAAAUGGUGAACCAAGAAUACCUAGUGCUGGGUUAGUACACAGGUUUAAAUAGUUCUGACGUUCGAUUUGCAUAGGUCGUAUCUCUAUACGAAUCCCAGCAAACUUACGACCUAUUCAAAUUGAACACCAAACCAAACCAAAAUUUCGCAUCACAGUCUUUAUCAAUGUUAAUACAGCAUUCAAUAAUACAAACUAAUGCAUAAACGGACGUUAUUCAACGUCAGACUUGCGGUCGUCUCUAGUAUACAACCAAGUAUACAACCCCUCCAACUUUUUUUUAUAGAUCAUACUGUAGAAUUAUUUUCACCCAUGUUAGGAUGAAUGUUGUUAGGCCGAAUGCCGUUAGGCCGAAAGGGUCGUUAGGCCGAAUGAGUCGUUAGGCCGAAUGGGCUGUUAGGCUGAAUGAGCCAUUAGGCCGAAUGGGUCAUAAGGCCAAAUAAGUUAUUAGGUUCAAUGAUUUGCUAGGGAAACUGGAUGGUAAAAAAGCUGUUUAAUGUUUGAGGGAAAUGGUGCUGGCCUCAGAAAUUUUGGUUGAUUUUAAAUCAGGGCUGCCCAACCUUUUUCGCAUGUUUCGUACAUUUUUGUUCCGUACGAUCGCAAAAUGGUCGGAUAUUAGAUCUUUUAGCUUCAAACUGAAGUCUGAUAUUAGGGAUAAUGAAUACAUGCGUCGACAUUUAAAUUUAACUAACUUAUUUAGCUGUCGUAGCAAUUAAGUCAAAAAAAUUUUUUUUAUGGCCGGGUAGCUGAAAAUUGUCAACAAAUUCAAACUUUUCCACUUGGAUAACUUAGAAGUAUGUAGUACUAUGCUUUCACUUGAUGCCAUUAAUGACCAUUUUUUCGAGCGUACCGAUUAAAAAUGUCAGAAAUAUGCGAAAAAGGUUGGGCAGUCCUGCUUUAAAUGGAAUGAAAUUGAAUAAAACAGUAAUAUUUUUCCGUGUUUCUAAGUCUAAAUGUUAGUUACCGUAAACCAGCGUCCAACUGGUCAGCGGGGUGAGUUUGAUCGCUCGAGUACAAAAUUGUAACUACAAACUAGGAACUUCCAAAUGUCCCAAUGAUCAUGAACUUCUUACCUCAUCUAUAGUUCAUAGAUAUCUAGAGAUGAGUGUAGACUUUUCAAUAUUUUUUUUAAAAUAAUGUAGCAUUAUUUUCUCAAGGCUUUUCAAUGUGUUUCUUAGCAGAAAUCGUUAAUAAUAAACAAUGUAUUGCCAAUAGGAGUUCCUGUAACCUUGAUUGUGAAAUAUUGUACAUAGCUAUUCUGAGCAUGAAUUAGUUUAAAAAGUUUAUUUUUUAGAAGAAAUAGUCAUUUAUUGUGGUAGAAGUCGCAGAUUUCAAAUGUAAGUGCCUACAUUCAGGCGUUUAGCUGGCAAUUUUUGUUUGUCGUUAAUAAAUAAAAAAGGUUUGACGCGUUAUUCGGAUUUAAAAGAACAAAAUUAAACGGAGAAGUUAUUUUUAUGCUUACCUAUUUUUUAAUGUGUGCUGAUCGAUUUCACCUCCAAGUGGCCUUUUUAUUAAUUUUUUAUUUUGGGAAUUAUUUAACUCAAAGUUCGAAAUUGUUGAACAAAAUGCAGUCAUGUUGUUUUAUAGAGAUCCACCCGGUACUGAUUUUAUAGAAGUUCUUUUGGAAAUUUGAAUUGCUAUUCGUGUUAUCCACAAAAAAUGUUUAAAAGUGCUCAAUUUGACCUUGCAUUACGGUACUGAGAACAAAUUCAAAGUUCCAGUAUGAACAUGAUUAACAUGAUUACAUGCAAUCAAAUCGAACCUUUAAAACUUAAAAAGAAUAGCCUAAAAGAAGGGAAAAUCUUCGAUGUCGAAGUUGAUAGCUGUAAUGCCUUUAGUGAGUAUAACAGUUAUACUAGAAAGAACAGCCUUUGUUUAGAAAAAAAUAUUAAUUGCUGUUAUCCCUAUAAUGAAUAGGACAGUUGAACUAGUUAGAACAGCCUAUUUGUAAAAGAAGGAAAAAUCUCCCAUGAAAAAAAUAAUAGCUGAAAUGCCUAUAGUGAGUAUAACAGCUCAGCUAGAAAGAACAGCCUAUGUGGAGAGGAUCUGGUGUGAUGAUUUAAGCAUAUGAUUAUCACACCGAGGACCUCCCAAGUAACAUUUUAAGUUUUGUUCGGCCCUAUAAGAGAUCUACAUGACCAUUUUUAUAAAUCUUGCAAUAAAACUGAUUUAUAUAUCAAAACCUCUUGAUAACCUCUUUAAGAGCAUCUUCCAGCUAAGUGGACGACUCUCGGAGAGGUUUUGCAAACCGCAUUAAGAGUAGGAAUAAAACUGCUUAAAAACCAAGUUGAAAAAAAAUCACUUCUCGAAAAGAGGUUAUGAUGAUUGUUGUUGUUGUUUUUUUUUUUCAACAAAAACUAUGACAGCUCAAGAUGCAGAGAAGCUUCUUGGAUGGCACGUAAAGUUCAGGAGGAUACAUCAUUCGUAAGUAAUAAGCGAUCAUUUCAAAGUAAUAUUUUAGUAGUUAUUGUGUUACUAGGCUUAUGCGCACUCAAUUUGUGAAUAUUGGGGUUGCAGGAACAUAAAAUUCAUGCGCUUUGAAAAUGGUGAAUAUUAUCAUCUUGGAAUUAAAUAAAUCAAUUACUUAAUUUAGUUUAACUAUCUCGAAUCACAAGAAAACUCAGCUGAGAGAGUUUAUUUAUGUGAGCAUGUUAUGGAAAUGGUGGCAAACUAUAAAUUCAUUGCUAAUUUUAGCAAAUUUAACUAUUUUCUAUUCACGUUAGCUAAUUCUUCAACAUGGCAAUGACCAUAAUUAGCGAAAAUAAAACGAAAGCAAGUUUACUUUUAUGAUAACCGCAAUAAACCUAGCAGUGUCGUCUCUCUCUCUCUUCUUGGCGUAACGUCCUCAUUGGGACAAAGCCUGCUUCUCAGCUUAGUGUUCUACAGGGUGCGGCAGGAAAAAAAUGCGAAAAGUUCAAGGCACUAUUACACGCUAAAUAUGGGAUAUAUAUGACUAUUUUUUCAUGACAGUGGAUCAGUCAAUGUCUAUAUUCUAGCACUGCAAAAUAAAAAUGAACAUAUUUGAUGUUCAACAUGUGGUAAUGUAAGCUUAAUAAGCGGGUAUCAAUAAACUGCGCGCCCAAUGGUCAUUAAACAAAAUGACUAUAACAGUAAAAAAAUUAGCUUGGAUUCGAUGAACAACCAGUCCACACUGAUCCAGAGCCAUGUAGUUUCACAUACUAGAUGUAAUAAGUACAUAUAUUUGAUGAUAUUGUGGAGAAAAUUAUAAAUUUCAUUUUAUCAGAUAUGAAAUUUAGCGACCUAUGUACUUUUCUGCGGUUUAAAAAUUCUUAUUAUCUUCAGCUUCAGGCGCCACCCUGUAAAGGUUGGUGACCAAAAUGGGAAAAUUUUUAAUUCACUUUUCAGAAAACUAGGCUAUUAGAGAUCAUGGAACGUUGAAACAUAGAUUGGUUAACGUCAAAUGGACGAAAACGAGGUUUGAAGUUGAAAAACACUUCCGCAUUUUUUCCUGCCGCAUACUGUAUGAACACUUCCACAGUUAUUAACUGAGAGUUUCCUCUGCCAAUGACCAUUUUGCAUGCGUAUAUCGUGUGGCACGAAGAUACUCUAUGCCCAAGGAAGUCAAGGAAAUUUCCUUUACGAAAAGAUCCUGGACCGACCGGCAAUCGAACCCGUCACCCUCAGCAGUGUCGUAGUUUCUGCUUUUCCACCAACAGAUGUCGUUACUAAUCGAAUGGAUCGCCAUCUGUUGAGUGUUUAAACAGUGUUAUUAUGGUAAUACUGAAUGCCAGAAGGUUUAAAUAUCGGAGAGUUUUGUUUACUUUUAAAAUCUGGCUGUAUGAAUAUCUUCAAGUAUACUAUAAAACAUUUCAUCAAUUGUUUUCAUAAAAGUAGUCAUAAAACUGUGAGUUUUAUUUAUUGCUGUAAUAAGCCCUGUAAUAAGCUGUAAUUGCCCUAAUAAAAAUCAAACACAACCAAUCAGCAAUGGAAUUGUUACUUGGGAUCAGCAAUGGAAUUGUUACUUGGGCUGAGAUCGAAUUCCACUCCCGACAAGCUCGUAAAAUGUCAGUUCUUCCUUCGGAAGGAAAGCAAAAAAAGCAAAAAAAAUGGGUCCCGAGAUGAACUAGCCUAGGGCUAGAAAUCUCGUCAAUGCAAAAGAAGAAUAAAGAAUAACCUAUGUUUUAAAGAUGGAAAAGUCUCCGAUGAAAAAUUUAAUAGGUUAAAUGCUUAUAAAAAGUAUAACAGCAAAAUUAGAAGGAACAGCCUAUGUUUAAAAGAAGGAAAGACUCUGAUGAAAAAGUUAAUAGCUGUAGUCCUUAUAAUGCGUAAAAUAAUCAAACUAGAAAGAACAACCUAUGUUGUAAAGAAGAAAAUCACCGAAAAAUAACUUAAUAGUUUUUAUGCCCAUAAUAAAGCAAAAAAUAAAGAACAACCUAUUCCUAAAAAAAUAGAAAAUCUCUGAAUAUAAAACUACAUUUUUAAUCUAUCGAUAAACCUAAACCUUUUGAUAGCCGGAUUAUUUCAGCACUGUUGCCGUAGCUUCGCUGGUCUCGAGCACGUUUGGUAUGCUCGGUUUCGUUGCCGGGGUCUUAUAUAAUCAAAUGUGGAACCAGAAAUGAAAUCACUACCCAAAACAAUACGUUUACUGAGCAUUUCACUGUUUGAAACAAUUCGAAAACAUAAGAAUCUUCUGUAUCACAUUAGAAAACCAUCCCCAAACCAUUGAAUCCAAUGUAAAAUCACAGUUUAAAACAGCAUGCUCGCGGCUCAUUUAACUGUUCAAAACAAUACAAAUAAAUAAAAAUCUUCUGUUUAUAUGAUACCACUUAUCGGUAUUACCAACAUUUCAUUUACAUUAGAAUCUUCUGUUUUGUGAAAAAAACUAGUAUUGGAAAAAGUCAUUUUUUGGUAUUGUUACGAUACUUAACAACCUAUACAAUUCCAUGUGCAAUGCUCUUUCACAAUUGGUUCUAUUGUUAGAAUCGUUAGAUACUAUUGUUUUUCUAUUGUUAUUUCAACAUUGAAUUCUAUAGUGAAAGCAUGGUUUUCAAUGGUACUGUUACAUUGGAAUUCUAUGUUUUUCUAUUGUAUUUUUUAUCCGGGAAUAGUAGUUUAUGCAACAAGGUGCAGAAUGAAGAUUUUUACAGCACGAGUCGCACAUUUAAUAUGACGAGUGCUGUAAAAAUCGAGUUCUGCACAAGGUUUUUACAAUUUCAUAACUUUAGGAUAGGUUUUAACAUUUUUUUUUUCAUCAAACUGCACACUGAUGUUCAUAGCCAUGCUUAAGAAAGUCUGAUCAUAGCAGGUUAUACUGUUCAGUUGUCACAAUUUUUCAAACCUGCGUCUAGAGAGCAUAUACAGCCCCCAUGUACAAUCUCGAUGUUCCCCGCACUUCUCGUGGACCUUGUAACGUAAACCGAGGUCAAAUUGAUCAUUUUAAAACACAUUUUGCUGAUAACAUGAGUACCAAUCCAAAUAUUGCCAAAAGAAUUUAUGAAAAAUCAGUUCUGGGUGGACCUCUAUAAAACUGUGUGACACAAUUUUGGUUCAACCAAUAUUAACAUAAAAUUAAAUAACUUCAAACACUAAAAAAUUGAAAAAAACAUUGUGGGGUGAAAUUGAUCAGCAUACAAUUAAACAUCAGUUAGAAUUCUAAACCGCCUUAUCCACUUAAUUUUGACCUUUUGAACACGAAUGACGUGUCAAAAUUCAUACAACUUGUGAAUUUGGCUGUUAAAAAGCUAAAUUAACUUUUAAAAUUGACUCUUAAACGCCUGAAGGUAUGCAAUUUCCUAUGAAGUAAGCGAGUUCAGCCACAUUAAAUAACUUUUUAAACAAAAUACAAUAGUUUAAUAACUGAUUCUUGUCCAGAAUAGGUACAUAACAUCACAAUAAAGGUUCCAUAAACAUGUUAACACAGAAUGUUCACACCUACUACCACGACUGCAAGUUCGACUGUUCCAAAUCCAGUACAAUUUAAUAAUUUGACAAAAUGUACCAUUAAUUUUUACCAACAUAAAUAAGGCAGCAUCCAUUUAUUACGUAACGCUAUAAUCCACAUUUUUGACCUCUGAAAAUCUGAUUUUUAUUUCAAAUAUACAAGAACAACCUAGAAAGCUCAUUAUUUUGUUCUUAAAAUCAAAAUUUCAGAAAACAGUAUAGCAGCAAUAAAAACAGUGCUGUAAUGGUUCAUUACGCAACGCAAAUCAGUGCUGUAAUGUACCAUUACAGCACUGAUAAUUUGGUGUGAGAAAGUAGGCCUUUUCUUGGCAGCUUUUCGUGAGGUAAAACAGCCUAUUACGAUGAGAAACUGCAAAAAAAAACUGUUUCGCUUCGAUUCGCAGCUCUCUACACUCAAAAUUAAUUUACUGAUAGAAUCCAGUGGCGUCGCGUAACCUCACUUUUUACCUGUGCACCAAGUAUAAGUUCUUGAAGUUUUUGAACAAAUUUGCUUUCAAUAAUUAGAAAAUGACGAGAAUAGCUGCUUUCGCUCAUUUCUAUUUCGAUUUUGAUCAUAAAUCCUCUGCAAUUACAAAUUUUAGGCCACUGAUAGAAUCUUAUGUGCACACUAAGAAAAUCUCAAUUUUCAUGAAGACACAAUCAUCAAAGAUGACAGAAAGAACCAUGACUUAAAUUGAAAUGUAUUUUAUUUUUAAGUCGUAAAUGCUGUAAACACCAAAAUGAAUCUUGAAUCGUCAGAAUUCUGCCAAUCACAACAAAUUAAACACAUUUUUGUUGGUAAACAUUCGUUAUUUUGAUCCACAACCUAUAUAUCAGGAGAAAGUGAUUGAAUUUUACACGAAUGAUGAUUUAAUUGUUUUCCGGCAUCUGCAACCCGGAGAAACGUCAACAAACAGUCAGGAAAAAAUACAAAAAAAAUCGCAGUCAGUUUUUAGAGCAAAGUUUGAAAAAUGUUCAAGAGAUUGGUGAUCAUUUAUAAGGAUGAUGCUGAACAUACAUGAGAAUUGCUACGGAUGCUGUUAUGUGCAAAAGUGGUAUGUGCCUGGUAUUCAACUCGCAGAAGAGGAAUUGAGAGGAUUCAAGAAGACUCCGCAGCCGACAGAGAUAAUGUGAGAAUGGUUUGUAAAAUUGAGCAAUGCGUUUGGUACGGCAUUAAGGAAAUAAAAAAAUUAUUCUGGAUUGAAUUCUGUUUAAUUAUUUACAUAAUUCGAAAAUAAAUGACUGGGGGGAAUGGUGAUUAAUAAAUGACUUUCGUCUUUGAGGUUAUGUGAAUGGGAUUGCGUCUAGUAAAAUUACAUGACUCAGCUCUUUUAGACAUCUUGUAAAAUUAAGAUCAUACCUAAUUUUAAGUCAUUUUGCUCGCUGCUAUAUGUCGGCGUUAAAUGACAUAAUAUUACACGGUUUUUUGGAAGUGUGUGCAGAAACACAAACUUUUUCAAACUACGUGCAUCCCUUUUGUAUUUUCUUUAGAGAAAUGCACUACAAUAAUGUCGACCGCUUCGCCACUGUCAUCAAGGACAAUUUCGUGAACGAUUUGGGAGCUGCCGGAUCAGGGUGCAAAAUUUCCAUAGUCAUUGACUGAAAACAGCACGAAUUUGAAUGAUUCUGCACUGAAUAUUCAAAACACAAAAAUUCAUUUUCGCUCUCCCUCUUCACACAGUCAGUCAAUUCGUAGUCAUUGAAUAUGAAGCCGAUCGAGAAACAUCUUCAUAAUUACCUACUUUUAUGGCUACGAUUCCUUCCAAAAACACUCCACAACAAUCAAAUGGGAAAAGAUCUGUGUAAAGCACCGUUAAAUGUAAUCGAAAUGUUCAUAUUUUAUCAGCAAUUUAACACUUUGUAAGAUGUUUACAAAUAUUCAUUAACUUUCAUUCAGUUGACAAACGAGUAUCGAGCAGCUGAAUAUGAAUAUGCAGGCAAGUGAAUGAAAAUUGCCGCACGGUGAACUUCAACUCGUCUGCUCGAAAAUGUUGCGCCCUGUGCCGGAUACAGCUGCGACUGGGAGCGAAUUUGGGAGUUUACAGUGACGACGUGCUAUGGACAGCUAAAGUACCUAAUGUAUUAGUAUUAAGUUUGAGUAUUAUGUUUAAUAAAAUCAGUUCGGUUGCAAAUUAUGCAAAAUUUUGAUUUAUUUACAUUUCGAAGCUAAUCCCACGUGUAAAUUCGUCAUAAUGAAAACUAAGCAUUGAACGAUUGGAAAGCAAUAGCGACGCACAUACAUUCUAUCAUGAUUAAAUCGGCAUAGAUUCAAAAGCGCAGCACAUAUUUUUUAAGUGUAAAAGCAACUGGUUUCAAUUUAAGUGCAGAACUUUAAAAUUUAAUAUGUUUUCUAUAGUCUAUUUUACAAAACGACAACAGUGAUGAUAUUGAUAUUAACACUCACGGGCUUGGGCGCAACCUCCUGUCAAAUUUUCAUUCAUGAAAUGAGCGAUCAGCUGAUCCGAAACGUCUCGUAAAAUGGCUCAUUCUGAGUGUAACAGUAUCCCAGCUGGUAGUGUAGUGGUAAAACAGAAGACCUGGUAAAGACCGGUAAUGCCUGGUUUACACGGUGCAAGUGGCAGGCUUCAAGUCGACUGAAAAUGUCCAGUUGAAUGCGAAUUGAACGUGUGACACCUGAGAAACUCACUUGACUUGAAGGAAAGCUGAACAUGUUGAACUUUUUCAUUCAAGUCAAACGAGAUCAUCUCACUUACCAUUCAAUUCACUGCUCUAAUUUGACAAUGUAAACACUUGCUAUCAUAGGCGCCAACUUGUGACGUAGUUGGAGGGGGGCAGUCAAAGCUCUCCAAAAUUGGACAAUAUUCAACUUUUUUCAGCUCAAUGUACUAGUUUUUUUUCGUGAAUAUGCCUAAAUAAGAUAAACUGCGUCAAUAUUUUCCGAAUUUCAAUGAUUUUGAGAGGCCUUUGCCACCCAACUACGUCAGAAGUUGGCGCGUAUGCUUGCUUCAACUGAGAUACAUUCAAGUGGGCAUUCAAGUCGUGCCCAGUCUAAACACGUCAUUCAAUUGGAUUGAAUAGUAGUUUUCAUGCGAUAUGCUCGUUUCGCUUAACCCUUUGAAGCCGGAGGGGUCAAUAUUACCCCGGCGAUAAAACCGAGCAUAACAAACGUGUUCGACACAAGCGAGGUUGCAACAGCAGCGGCAAAACAAUCCGGCUCCAAAGGGUUAAACAAUCUAAACCAGGCAUAAAGGUCCGGGUAUCAAAUCCACCUUUUUUUCAUUCUUGUUUCGGAUUUAAAACAUUGUCAAUAACGAGUUGAAAUGAUGAUAAAUUUAUAUUCAAGAGGCAUUGGAUGUUCUUUUCCAAAUGAUAUUGAAUUGAUAUCGAAAUUAUUGAAAAGUAGUGCGAAUUCAAGUGCCUAUCUGUCCAUAUCAGCUUGUAGAGUUUUUACCGUGUAUGCAAAGUGUCCCACUUCCACCUCAGACAAAAAACGUUGGCGCGUCCACUUCUUAUUUCAUUUUAUAUCAUAACAUGAAGCUCUGUCUCAAUUUAAACUCAAUCAAUUAACAUUUGGUCAGUGCUGUAUGAACUUGCUCCAAACAUGCGGCUCUUAUAUAACAAAAAAAUAAACAAUAAUAAUCAUAAGUAAACAUUCGAUGUAGGUCAACAUAUCGAUUGAGUAAUAAUAGUAAUGAAAUCUAAUCAAAAUGCGUAAUUGGUCGUAAAGGUCGCGGAGCACUACAUAUUAGGUGACAAGCUUUUCAAUGUACACACAUUCAUCAAAUACGUUCCGUACAUGUGACUUCUUCCACAAUCUAAUUCUUUUCUGCUGCAUCAUAUGCGGAGGAGAUGCGCGUUUACAACUACUGCGGCUAUUAUUCGAUCUCUCCCACAUGCGAACCAAACAAUAACCGACAAGAUCGUAUCAAUACAUAUUCGACUCGUGCCACCCCCAUUAAACCUUUGGUUCCUGAUAUCCGACCGUAAUGUAACGUUUACUUCUACCAUGUAAGACAAAACGGGUAUGUACUGCUCAUACCGGUGAUACUCGGGGUCACUCGGAAUAUUGGUGACAAUCUCGUGACUUGAUCCUACAGCAGUAGUCGAUGAGUUUCCUCGAAAAUCAACAUUCUUACGGUCAAGGCUAUAUCACUAUCAGUUCCCAGAGAGUAUAAAUAAGUACUCGAGCUGAUGUUUGUACAAUUAUACGACAAAGCAUUCAUGUAGAGAAAAUUUGAUCUGGUCAAUUUCAUGAUUAGCGAGAUUUCUAUUUUCAGUGCAAUGCCGGCGCUUACCGCCCGCUCGUUUAUGCAUAUUUGUAGCUAGUUGUAAGCCGGAAAAGUGUUGAUCAUCGCCCCCGUAUACGAUGAUAAAGUGCGCUAAUGAUGAUGUUAUUAAUGUUGGGUAUUAACAAUGUGGUUUCAGUUCACGUUUCAACAGGAAGAUACAUUUCAUUUUUUAUUGUAAAUCACACGCGAAAAUUCCGGCGGAAGGGUACUGAGAAGGCUUCAAGAGCCAUAUCAAAUCCAAUAUGCGAGGUAUCUAUAGUAUUUCUGUUCUAAAAAAACCUUUUCAUAAUUACAUGUACCAUUUUCCUGAUUAAUAACGAAUUUCGCACCAACUCAACUAGCGAUUGGCAACACCCUCUCAGAAUCGAAUGAAAUUUGGUGGGCAUGAAGACUAGGUUUUUAUAGGCAACUUUGCAUUCUUAGACUUUUGAAAUUUUUCAAUAGUAACAUUUGAAGAGGGCCUAAAUUUUUUCAAAGAUUUUUUUUAAAAUCGAUGUAACUCAAAAAUGACAAGACCUACAAUAAAGUGUUGUAUGGGGGACUUUUUUGGGGUUAAGGCUAUGGAUCGCCAAUCCGGAGGCGAUCCCGUUCCGGUCGGGAAAAUUUUCUCGACUUCCUGGGCAUAGUGUAUCAUUGUACUUGCCUCACAAUAUAUAUAAACAUACUAGCUGUACCCGGCAAACUUUGUCUUGCCUACUGCGUUUUUUGACGUUUCGAGUCCCUAGCCAAGCGCCCAAGUCCCCGUUCAAAAUGUAUGAAAACCCAAUUUUCAAAAGCUCUCAAUUUUCCCAUGUUUUAGGCUUCAUAAACCUUCCUUGGGUGAAAACUAACAGAACAAAACUUAGACGACCCAAAUCGGACCACCCGUUCGCAAGUUAUGCGCGGUCCCACGUAUGCCGCUGCAUUUUUAUAUAUAUAUAUAUAUAUAUAUAUAUAUAGUUAGAUAAAUUCAUGCAAUGGCAAGCAAAGGAAAGCCCUUCAAUUAAUAACUGUGGAAGUGCUCAAAGAACACUAAGUUGAAGCGAGGCAGGCCAAGUCCCAAUGCGGACGUAGAGCCGUAAAGAAGAAGAAGAAGAUGGGGGACUUUUAGGGAAUUAUCCAGGCUUUUAUGGAAAAACUAGCAGUACCCGGCAAACUUUGUCUUGCCUACUGCGUUUUUUGACGUUUCAAGUUUCUAUCCAAGACCAAGCCCCCGGUCACAAAAUGUAUGGAAGAUCGAUUUUCAAAAACUCUCAAUAUUUCCAUGUUUUUUGCCGCAUAAACCUUCCUUGGGUGAAAACUAACAGAACAAAACUAAGACGAUCAAAAUCGGACCUUCCGUUCGCAAGUUAUGCGCGGUCUCACGUAUGCCACUGCAUUUUUAUAUAUAUAGAUAUGAAAAAAAAAAUUAAAAAAAUACACGUUAAAAAUAUCAUUUCAAAAUUAAAAGUCAAUUUAUAGAAAAAAGCCCACGUUUUUAUGUUUUGGUUUUUUUUUCAAGAAAGGCAAUAUAGUUGCCUAACUUUUCUCCAUAAAAAAGAUGGACACUUUUAAGGAAAUUUUUUGAACAAAAACUUCUUCAUGUUAUUAUUUUUUUAGCGUGUUGCGCAUUAACUCGUACAGUAAUGUAUCCAGAAUCCUUAUAACAAUCCAUUAAAACUUAAUGGGUUUACCUCCUUUUUUUUAUAUAUCUUGACGAGCUUGACAUUGAAAACAUUCUAGAUUACGAUUUGAAAAGGGCUCAAGACAAAUUUGCUUUUAGGGUUUUAUAUUAAUGAAAACGCUUGUGUUUUGAUGAAAUAUGUACAUAUGUAUUUUAAUAUUUUCUUUUCUUCAAUAUAUAGGAUAAACUUACCAAUAGUGAUGCUAUUGAUUAGUAGGUCCUUGUAGUAAAAUAAUUGAAUAAAAUUGACAAUACCACAAAAUAAAUAGUCUGAUCGGUAGUUUUUCAUUUGAAUUGGAUAGAAAAAAUAUAAAAUCCAUCGUAUUCUUCAGUUUUUUUUAUAAUAAAUCACUUAUACCAACUAUAUGUACACGGUUCCUAUUGCAAUGGUAAAAUUUAACAUUGGUUCCUAUAGUGGUGCAUCCCAUUGAAUUCUUAUGGGACCCUCCACUAUAGGAACACUACCAGGAGGAAAGUUAGGCAGUGAAUAAACAGGGGUGUAAGCAGUAAUAAACAACAAAAGUUCCAUAAACAAAUAAAAAAUGCAUAAAUAAAUCAAAAGUUUCCAUAAAUAAUUGAUUUUUGUGCAAUUAAAAACGUCAAAAAUGCAAUGAAUAGUUAAACUGUUGCAAUAAAAAAAAGCCAUUUUUCCCACCAAAUAACUCCGAAUUUUCCAUAAAUAAAUCCGAUUUUUCUAAAAUAAAUUCGAAAAUUCACAAUAAAAAAUAUCGAAAAAGCAAAAAAAAAUUCAAAAAACGCAAUAAAAAACUACUAAAUUACCCAUGAAAAACAAAUGCAGGAAAGUAUGAGGCAGUGAAAUGCUGAAUCGCACUUAUAUGACUGAAACGACUGAAAAGCCUGGGUAAAUAUGAUUGCAAUUUACCGAGCAAUUGCUUGCUGUCCGAACUCGCUAUCUCUCGUCGGACCUAAAAAAGGGAUAACAUCUAUGUUUGCAUUAUACCGGGCAAAUUCUUGGAUCUGUGGUUUGCCUAGAACCGAAACGAUGCAGUUGCGGUGCAUCGGAUAUCGGAAACUUCGGCGGCCUUCUGCCGCCUCAGUUCCUCAAUUCUCUAUGCGGCUUCGCCGCAUGGUCUAUGUGAUUUUUUUUGGCUCAAAAUGCAUUUACGUUUAUUGCUCGUUUUUUGAUAUUUAUUGAUAAUUUAUUUUUUCGUUUAUUGCACUUUUUCAAUUAUUUAUUGCUUUUUAAAUAUUUUUUAUUGAGAAUUUUCUAAUUUAUUAUGGGUAAAUCGGAUUUGUUUAUGGAAAAUUCGAAGUAUUUUGGUGGCAAAAAUGGCUUUUUUUAUUGCAACACUUGAUUUAUUCAUUGCUCAAAAAUCAAUUAUUUAUGGAAACUUUUGAUUUAUUUAUGCAUUUUUUUAUUUGUUUAUGGAAAUUUUGUUAUCUAUUACUGCUUACACCGCUGUUUCUUUUCUGGGACUUUUUGAAUUAUUUGUAGAGAAUGACCACUUUCGUAUGUGUCGUUAAUAUUUUAGCCAAUACAAAUAUAAAAUUUUUAAAAAAAUCGUAAUUUUCGCUGGAAAUGCUCCGAACAAUCUGUAAUGAACAGUAGAUGGAAAAUGGAGCACUCAAAAAGAAACACAAUUAUGUAAUUUUACUGUUUUUUUUUAUAUAUUGAAGACUUUAUCAAACAUGUGGAAGAACUUGAAAAAAAAAACUCAAUAUUUACCGCCCGAUAGACUCGACGAAGCUCUCUUCCAACACGUGUAUAAAACCAUUACUGUCCAGUCAGUCGUUUACAUGUUACAAUAUGUGCUCAUUCGAAUAUUUAUCACUUUGAUUAACAUUUUUAAAUUAUUUUUGUAUAGAAUGGUAGUUGUAUACCAGUAAGGAAAUGUUGAUAUUCGAUAAUGUAUUGUCGCGCUUAUCUUUUAUUAGAGUCCUGCGGCGGUCGUACGCUCGCAAGGCAUACCGCCGCAUGACAGUCGCAAGGCAAAACAAAAGAAAAAGUGUUCCCGCCAAAAACAAAAGCACGUGGGUUUCGCGAAGUGACAGAUGUUUUUGAAUGUAUUAGUGACGAACGGCAAGAGUGGCUCAGUGGAAUGAGUGUUCUUGCUGUCAAACCCCAUAUAAUGGAAUUAUAUACUUUUAAAUAUGGUGAAGCUGUUAUGAUUAGUGACUGUCGCGCUAAUAUCAGAAGCCAGAGGCAGAUAAUCGCCAUAUUCUGAUUUUUCUUGAGAAGCAUAAUAUACUGUCCACCUAUGAGGAAAAUGUUAUUAUUUUUAUUACAUAUUAUCAAUAUUUAUUAAAGACACUUUACCACUAAUGUGGCAUUCGUGUCUGGAGAAAAAUGUGGAAACUCAUUUAUGUAUAUAAAUAGCUUCUAGAGGAUGUCUCUACAUGUGUAUGAAUGAAUGGAGGGGUUAUUUUGCAAAAUCUGAUUUCCCAAGUGAAACGUGAUGUACUGGACGAAAUAGGUGAGCUGUGCAAAAAUUAGCGAUUCCGGUUGAUACUUAGGGGUGGCGCAAGAGUCAAGCCUUGUACUCAUCUGGUAAGAAAAGCACUCAAGAAAAAAUCAUCCUUAUUACCAAAGGAAUUUUGACAACUGAUUAGUAUGGGGAGAAAUGACACUUUACCUUCGGGAACAUUUUUCCGCAAGGAAAAGUGACAGCUCCAUUUGAUUUGUCCGGCAGGCAUUAUGAACGUUACGCAUUUUUCGUUUCUAUCCAGCUAACUGGAUAGAAACUUUGACAGCGGAACACUUUCUUGACCUUUUCUUGGCCUAUCAUUUUCAGUACCUGCCAGGUGAGUACCAGCCCUCAAAGUGGAAUUUAUAAAAUUGAAAAAAUGCUACUUUAGUAAUCCAACCCAAAAUAUCCUAAAAUAGGACAAAUAUCUCAAAAACCAGAAGAGACUUCGCGAUUUCGAGAUCAAAUUUGGCCCUUUGAGGUUCUAGAAUAACCGAUUUAGUUUAAAAAGUUAUGUUUGAAAAUUGAAAUUGUUUCUUUUUUAUGUUGGCUCUAAGCAUGAAUUCCACUUAAACCCUUGCGCCACCCCUAAAUAUCAACAGAGUCGCUAAUUUUUGCACAGCUCACUUGUUUCGAACAGUUGAUCACUUUCUACUUGGGAAAUCAUACCCCUGGCCCGGAUAAAUUUUGUAAAAUAAGCCCCACCCCAAUGACCAAGUUAGUAAAGUAAAUCAAUUUAGAAAUCAUAUGAUAGGAAAAACUAACGAUAUUUGUGAGCGGACAGCAAGACAUUUACAACGAAGCACUGUAUAAAAGUGUAUGUAGGAUAAAAACAAGUUUGAACUUGCAUCCAUGAUCGAAAUUAAGAUUUAGUGAUUCAAAAGAAAUAUGUAAUUGGAAUUUCCAUAAGUGAAAAGUCUUUGUCUUCGUCUUCAACUUAAACAGUUGCGUUGAAAUAAUGUUGUAGCAAUUAGAAGGCAUUUUAAAAUAUUUUGAUUGCAUUUUUCAUGUAUACAGACUACAGAGUAGAUUUUGAGUUGAACAAAAUUAAUAAAAAAAAAGCCUAACUCAUAUCACUUGUUCAAUGGGCUUUCAAUCAGCACCAGUUAGUUCAAAUUUAUAAUAUAUUGUAAAUGAAAAUAAAACCCAAAUGUUCGAAAGUCGGUAGUUCAAUAAUAUGGGUCAUCCGAUCCAGCUAGAAAUCAUAUGAUAGGAAAAACUAACGAUAUUUGUGAGCGGACAGCAAGACAUUUACAACGAAGCACUGUAUAAAAGUGUAUGUAGGAUAAAAACAAGUUUGAACUUGCAUCCAUGAUCGAAAUUAAGAUUUAGUGAUUCAAAAGAAAUAUGUAAUUGGAAUUUCCAUAAGUGAAAAGUCUUUGUCUUCGUCUUCAACUUAAACAGUUGCGUUGAAAUAAUGUUGUAGCAAUUAGAAGGCAUUUUAAAAUAUUUUGAUUGCAUUUUUCAUGUAUACAGACUACAGAGUAGAUUUUGAGUUGAACAAAAUUAAUAAAAAAAAAAGCCUAACUCAUAUCACUUGUUCAAUGGGCUUUCAAUCAGCACCAGUUAGUUCAAAUUUAUAAUAUAUUGUAAAUGAAAAUAAAACCCAAAUGUUCGAAAGUCGGUAGUUCAAUAAUAUGGGUCAUCCGAUCCAGCUAGCUUUACAAACUGGGUCGCCACCAGACUAAAGUUCGAGACCCUCCGCUCCAGAUGAUUGUCCCGUUGAAGAAUGCCGCUGAAUUGUUGAACAUUUAACGAAAUUAAUUGAGCCUUAUUGUUGAUGAAUUCAGCGCUUAUUUAUCGAAUAAAUAACUUAUUAUGGUUCGCCUGGCCUCCAUGUAGUCCAGUAGAGCGAACACUUUGCGCAAAACUCGCGCGCGCGAAUAUAUUGUAUUGUGCCGCGACGACGGAAGGUGCAUUGUACAUGUUCGACACGGAAAGUAGAGGGACCUGGUAUUCGAUGUGCGAGAGGUUUAUGUGUAAAGUAAGUACACAAAAGACCGCGCGAUCAUUGCGGCUUCCCGCGAGCCAAAUAUCACACGUUGUCUCCUCAACGCGACGGGCCACCUACAUCCCAAUCGAGCAAGUUAUCAUCGGCUUAUGGUAAUACAUAUAUUCUAGUACACCGGCUCGGAGAUCGCUCUAAUGUUGUGCUGCUACCGUAUGCGAUACUUGCUGUAUUCUUCUCGGUCUUUUCAAUGAUGAAGCAUCACAGAUGAUACAGUUUUCGUUUGACGAAGGCACUUUGCAUAUUGGACAGCACUGGUCACUCCGUUGGUCAAUUUGGGAGCACAUCCUAUUUGGAGGCACGAAUAUAAACCACACAAGGGCCCUACUACUACUACUCCAGUCGCGACGCGGCAACAAGUUAAGCCACUUUACUCUUUAAUCUUCUCAUCUUCUAAAUUAAGUGAAACGUUCUCGUCUAUGACAAUCAAUUAGUGUGUUACUCCAAACCGUAGAUCUUGGCCCUUCAAACUCAAUCAAAUUGCGAAUGCACGAUAAGCAAUUGUUCAGCAUCACAUUCACGGUUAUUCAGAAGUUCACCCCAAAUCAACUCCACAUGACACUCAACGCACAUCGAGGCACACAGUUAAAUCUUCCCUGAAUAGUCCAAAUCUAUAACUACACAUUUAGCAAUUAACUAUAAAAACAAAAAUCUUAAUACCAUUAGUGAGUCGUUCUAGGCCCCACUCCGAAUCACCCAUGUUGAUCAAAUCACUGUUCAAAACCAACUGAGGCGCGUCGUUCCCAAUUGGCUCCUAUGUAUAGACUUUUUGCGCUUCUCAAAUACCAACGGCCCACGACGGCAACGGUGGCGACGGCGGCGGGAGACACACAAGGAGCACCACACGGGUCACUAGUCACAAGAAACCGAACCGGAGAGAUGCUGAACGCACGAAGGACCAGACCGAUCUGGAUUAAGUUCAAUCGAGCACAUCUCUAAGGUAGCGCUCCGCGACGACCGGCCAACC